UGCAGAUAUUUGGCUACUACUACGCUAUCAGCAGCAUCUUUCAAAUUCAAACAUUUGAAAUGACAACCAUUCUAAACAACUCUGUGCCGAACGAACUGAAUAAACAUCUUACAAGAAUUCGAUUUGUAUAUUGAUUUCGUUUUGGGCGCGUGAAUUAGGAAGAAACAGCAGAACCGACACAUCUCUUCCAUCUCACACAACACAACAGACUCAUUCGCUACUGUGGUUUGGUGUUGUAUUUGUUUGCUUUGUUGUUGGCAAUGACGAUAUUGAAAUCAAUGGCAUGGAUGAUGUUGCCAAACGUGAGCGAAAAUUCUGGUGGGACAUACCAGAUAACAACAUCGGCCAAUUCACAAAUGGGAAGAACUGGUUCAAGAGCAUCGCAUUCUGGAUUUCCCUCCAGCGGAAAAUUGAUGAUUUCAACACUUGCGAGGAAUAUCGUAAAGUACGCCGAUGCCAACGCGAAGAGUUUCAAGAGCUGAAACGAUGCCGACGUCGAAAUCACCGUCCGUGCACUUGCCAGCAGCCGACAGACCGAGGCCAACAUGAGUACAUCGAGAAAGGGCCUCCGAGAGUGAAAAAUCUGGCAGUGAUUCCCAUUUGCAGUUUCACUCGUACCCACUACCCGUUGGACAAUAAGACAUUGUACUCUUUGUUGUGUGCACUGAAAGUCGCACCGAAAAAUCAAGGCAAAUACAACGAAAUCAACAUCACACGCGAAGAGUUCAUAAAACAAAAGGAGUUGUAUUGGAACGAAUUCUUCGAUAUGCGGAAAAUCUAUCGGCUCGGUCGCAGUAGAAAAAAGUUCCGUUUCCGAAUUCUCUCAAAUGGACAGGCCGUAUCUCUACAAUUUAAUGUUGACAAAACGAAAAUGAGCAACAUGGAAUCGGACAAAAAGGCCAUUGUUCAAAACUACAAAAAGUUUGUCAAUGAAGGUGGAACUGAUCCGGGUGUGAAUACGUGGAACGCUACAACGGUACAUAACAUCGAAACUGGCAAAGAGACGAACUACACGAUCAGCAGCAAACAGUAUCAUUACUGGACGAAGCAAACGGUUCAAAAUCGACAAGGGGAAGCGGUCAGCGCCUGUCCGAGCUCCUCCGGCGCCCCGGUGCAAAAAAUCAAAAUGCGCCCCUUCAAUUUUUUUCAUGAAUUUUUGAAGUAAAAAAACUGGAUUUUGAAGUUUAUUUGUAGUUUACUUAUAGAAACGAAUAAUAAUAAAUUCACAUUAUGUUUUCAUAUAUGAUAAAAAUAAUGAGCUGAAAAAUCUAAUCUAUAGGAAAUGAGAUUAUAUAUCGUUUUUUGGCAAAAUAUAAAACUUUAAUUAAUCUAAUGGUUGUUUUCUGGCUUCUUUCGACGCAAACUCGUCAAUAACAUCGUCAUAUUCAAUCGCAUUUGCAGUUUCAUGCUCAAUGGAAAUUAUUGCUAAAUCGU